AUUUAUAUAUUGUGAGAAGAAGACAGGCAAAAAUUGGAACUUGGAAGAGAAGGAGACUGGCAAAGAUUGGAAGAGACCAUUUUGGUGUAGUUGAUCAUCUGUGAAGAGAGGGAGGAGAAUGGUGAGUAUCUUCUCGCGAUUCUCUGGGAGAACUGGCCAUAGACGGGCUCAAAGCGCACUUGAUGAGAGGCAAAUGUUACCACCAAAUUCUGAGGUAGCUGGUGCCACUACCACUGCUGCUGCAGCUGUAGCUGUUGCCUCUCAUGGGAUUGAAGUGGCCAUAGAGUUUAAGCCAGUUGAACACCCAAUUGAGCCCCUUGACAAUGAUCGUCCAGUAAAAUGCCCCUUACCAGAACCUUCCAUUCUCAAUGAUGGGAGAAUAUGGAAGGAGCGGAUGUCAGCAAAUGCACGGAGGGGUAACUUGCCGGUUAUGAAGGAAGGGGCCAACCUUGAAUCUGAAGUUUGUGGAACAAAGCCACGUCCAGCUUCAUCCAAUCGCUUGAUUCUUCCUUCCCUUAGUGCCCCAGAGCACAAUAUCAUCAAUCUGCUGGAAGAAUGUAAUGCAUCAGUGGUCUAAAAUGACUGUUAACAGCUGGUCAUCCUUGACAUUUGUUUUCACUUUAAUAUCGUAAUAGAAAUGCUUUCUAUAUAUUUUUCUUUCCUCACCCUUCGUUCCCUUUCGCUUUUGUUUCAUAUUCUUGUUUGGGAUUAGUAAGUAGAUUUGUAAAAUGUUAUUGAAAGAGAAAGAAGAGCAUUUGUAAUC